AUGAGCAAUCAUUUCACCGUUGAAGCAUCUAAUCAGUUGGGGUGCAGUAAAGAAAUUGAUCAUAACUCCAGAGAAGGAAAGAACAAUUAUAAUCAUAGCAAUGCCUCAAAAUUUAAAAAUUAUCGGAAACGAAAAAUGCAUGAAGUUGAAGAGAGUCAUGUACGCUACUUGUUACCAAUUAAACGUCACGGGAAAGUUAUCCAACAGAGGGCUGUAAUAAAGGGCGUAAAGGAAAGAUUUUCGGAUUCUGGAGAGAAGGGUACCGUUGGUAAAAUGGAAAGCAGAGAAAUAGACGCUCCCAACGAACAUACGGAAGAAGACGUUGAUUGCAUUGCUCAGCUGUACGUAAGAAGACAGCAAAAACUAUCUCAGAAAAAAAAUACUAUAGCUCAAUUCGCCUGUGCAAUAAUAGAGAACCCUGAACAAAACCUUGAUUCCUUAGAAGUGUUAAGAAAGAUGUGCAAGGAAGACGAUACUGAUAUUACUGUUACCAUUCGAAAGUUAGCGAUGGUUUCGACAACUGAAGUAUUUAAAGAUAUUGUACCUAGCUAUCGUAUUCGAGUUUCGUCUGAAAAGGAGCAGAUAACUCGGAUUUCUAAAGAUGUAAAAAGACUAAGAUUCUAUGAAACUAGAUUAUUAAAAAACUACCAACAAUUUCUUAGUACCCUGGAAGGAUUUGUAACAGAUUAUAAGCCAGAAGGAAAAAGUUUUGAUGUAAAAUCUCAGAUCGAAUCCUCAUUUUUAUCGAUGGAAAAGAUGGUAAACUCUAAUGAUUUGGAUAUCUCUAAAUGCAGUUACGAUGCCUUAAAUGCGCUAUAUAAAAACGAUGUGCAAGGAGAAAUAUCAUUAGAGGGCGUUAGAGUUACAUCGAAAAUGGUGAAAUCUAAAAAUUUUAACAUAAAGGAAAAGGUACUGGACACUUUCUUGUUUCUGCGUUUCUCGCAUGAACGACUGCAUAAGUAUACAGUUGAGGAAGUUAGCGUUAAGGAAAAACGGGUUAUACGUAAGCAUGAAAAAAGGCAAAAUUUUAGAAAAGAACGCAAGCUACGAAGUGAUGCUAGAAAACUGCAGCAAGACUUAUUUGCGGUUGAGGGAGGCGAGGAUGAAGAAAAACGAGCUAAGAUUGAAACUGAAAUUCUCGGUUGCAUGUUUUCAAUAUACUUUCAAGUACUGAAAUCCGAUUCAAAAUUGAAACUGUUGUUGUCGGUGCUAAAAGGCAUUGCAAAAUUCGCCCACUUGAUAAGUAUAGAUUACUUUGAGGAUUUAAUGACACUUCUAGGACACCUGCUUGACACUCAGACCUUGAACAAAAAUCAACAAAUCGCCUGCGUUCUAACUGCUUUUAAGAUUUUAACUGGGAGAGCUAAUGAUCUACUUUUCUCAGGAGAAGCUCUAAGCAUUGAUCCGCGUCGUUUUUAUGGAAGCAUGUAUAAUAUCCUCUUGAAAUUACCCUUAAAUGGUUACAAGAAUGAUUUCUUAUUGCUUAUCGAGUGUUUGGAAUUGAUGUUAUGUAGGAAACGGAACCAGGUAACUGUUCAAAGAUUAUUUGCUUACAUUAAAAGACUUUGUACUACAUCUUUGUUACUGUUUCCAAACGAAGCUAUACCUUUACAAUCUUUAAUUGGAACUCUAUUGCAGAUUCAUCCUAAAACCGAACAGCUAUUAGAAAGUGAUGGUACAACUUGGAAAUUAUUUCUCCCUCAUGUUGAAAAAUGGGAGCCUUGCGAUGCAAAUAUUACAGUUUUAUGGGAAUUAGCCCUGCUGAAAGUCCAUUACCAUCCAACUUUAUCUACUUACUCAAGAUAUUUAUCUCGUGGUGCUUCGUUAAUUGGGCAAGAUAGCUCGGAUCAGUCAUUGUCACGCAAUAAUCCAGUUUUACUUUAUGAAAUGUUUAACAAUCGUGGAUAUCAUCCUACAUUUCCGAAGGAGAAGAGAUGUCAUUUCAAGAAGGAAUAUCAGGAUUCCAAUGUUACAUUUGAUGGGAUUCAAUACACUCAAACAGAUUUGUUAAAGCUGUUGAAUAAUAUCUACGAUGACGAAUCGAUGUAA